CAGUCUUCUAUAACAUAGUAUAAAGGAGGGAAGGAUAUUCCAUCACUUUUACAUCCCAUCAUCCUUUUUAUAUAUUAUUGGCUAGAUGCAAGUCACAGGUUCUGCUCACAUCCAAGGGCAGGGGACUAUACAAGGGCAUGACUCACUGGGGGCCACUUUAGUAUGUGUCCACCACAUGUUCCUUUGUCUCAGUUACACUCUUCAACCUGAGAAAAACUCCUCAUGCCUUUCAUAUUAGUAGUAUCCCAUCUUUGGCACAGAGACUGAUACACAGGAGCACCAGAGAAAUUAAAGCUGCAAUUAUCAAGCUUUUUAUCUCAGGACCCCUUCAUGCUGAAAGAGCUUUUGUUUAUAUAGGCUAUACCUACUGAUAUCUAUUGAGCUAUUUAAAAAUUCACCGAAUUCAUUAAAAAGUAAAAAUAACCUCACUAUAAAUGAACAUGUUAUAUUUUCACAUAUUUUUCAAAAAAUCUGUGAGGAGAGUAAGAUUGCUUUACAUUUUUGCAAAUCUUUCUAAUGUCCAGCUUACUGUUAAGACAGCUGUCUUCUCAUUUCUCUUCCACAAUCAAUUCCACAUCAUAUGGCCUCUGAAAAACUCCUCUGUAUUGUAUAUGCAAAGAUUGAGAGUUAAAAAGGCAAAUAAUGUUAUUAUGAAUACACUGUGACCUUGUCAGCACCCUGCAAGGAUCUUGAGGACCUCCUGGAAUUCUCGGAUCACACCUGGAACCACUGGUUUAAAGUGUCCCAAGCUGAGGAAAGGACGGCACUUUGAUUCAUUCAAAAAGUACUCAUUGAGUGCCUACUCUGUGCUGGGCUCUGCUCGAAGGGAACUAGCUCCAGCAGGCCCCGUCCUCGGGGCACUUAGUAGAAGAAAGCUUAACGACCGCUUCAGUUCACUUCUGAGGGGAGACUUGAGUGAUAAAGGACCGCCAUGCAGAGAUCUGGAGAAACAAGAGUUCCAGACAGAGAAAGAGGCCUCUGAGUCCAGCCGGGGUGGAGAGUGGGCAAAAGGCGCGAGGACUCCAAAAGGUGGGCUGGGCCAGUUGAGGAAUUUAGUUUUAAGUCUAAAUCUUAGCAGCAAGGAGAGAUGUAGGGAAUGAGUGGGGCAGCAUAAGGAGGCGUGCCAGGAGGCGAGGAAGGUCGCUCAUAAGUCAAGCACCCGCUCCUGAGAGCUGGCCAGCUACGCUUCCCUGAGUCGCACAAUCUUGCCGAAAGCCUCAAAUCGGCUUUACCAGUCGACUAGGGCCGGAAAGCGCGCAGACUACCUGGAGGAAUUUUGGGCCUCGGCACCCCCCGUAGACGUCGUGACCGAGGUGGCUCCGUUGCCUUGGUACCGGCGAGACGCCGCUCGGCCUCCACCUCUGCGGACAUCAUGUCGGUGUUGGACGCGCUUUGGGAGGACCGGGAUGUCCGCUUCGAUGUGUCCGCACAACAAAUGAAAACAAGACCUGGAGAAGUCCUUAUUGAUUGUUUAGACUCAAUUGAAGACACCAAAGGAAAUAAUGGGGAUAGAGGGAGACUCUUAGUAACAAAUUUAAGAAUUAUCUGGCACUCUUUGGCAUUACCCAGAGUCAAUCUUUCUAUCGGUUACAACUGCAUAUUGAAUAUUACAACAAGAACUGCUAAUUCUAAAUUACGAGGCCAAACUGAAGCUCUUUAUAUACUAACAAAAUGUAACAGUACUCGUUUUGAGUUUAUAUUUACAAAUUUGGUUCCUGGAAGUCCUAGACUUUUUACAUCUGUGAUUGCAGUACACAGAGCAUAUGAAACUUCUAAAAUGUAUCGUGAUUUUAAAUUGAGAAGUGCACUAAUUCAAAAUAAGCAACUAAGAUUAUUGCCACAAGAACAUGUAUACGAUAAAAUCAAUGGAGUAUGGAAUUUAUCCAGUGAUCAGGGAAAUUUAGGAACAUUUUUUAUUACCAAUGUGAGAAUUGUGUGGCAUGCAAAUAUGAAUGACAGUUUUAACGUCAGUAUACCGUAUCUGCAAAUUAGGUCGAUAAAGAUUAGAGAUUCAAAGUUUGGCUUAGCUCUUGUCAUUGAAAGCUCUCAGCAGAGUGGAGGAUAUGUUCUUGGCUUUAAAAUAGAUCCUGUGGAAAAACUACAAGAAUCAGUAAAGGAAAUCAAUUCACUUCACAAGGUCUAUUCUGCCAGUCCUAUAUUUGGAGUGGAUUAUGAGAUGGAAGAAAAGCCACAGCCCCUCGAAGCUCUGACAGUUGAACAAGUUCAAGAUGAUGUAGAAAUAGACUCUGAUGAUCACACGGAUGCUUUUGUGGCUUAUUUUGCUGAUGGCAAUAAGCAACAAGAUCGUGAACCUGUAUUUUCAGAAGAACUGGGGCUUGCAAUAGAGAAAUUGAAGGAUGGAUUCACCCUACAGGGACUUUGGGAAGUAAUGAGUUGAUCUUGAGUUGAACUGGAUUUCUGUUUAAAGAUACCUCAAGAUUAAAGAUACUAGUUGCCUGCUAUAAGGCAUGGAAUAGUUUUUACAUUUACAGAAAAAGCUUUUAACAAAGUUUUUUAAUGAUUAAGGAAAAACUCAUCGAUCUAAAAUUUUACUGCCAGUCUUCUAAAAAUUGUAUUUGAAAUUGUAGUUGAAAUUUAUCUGGUUCAUUGUACAUUUUUUUACCCAAUACUUGUAAAUUAUUAGUCUGUGGAUAUUAAAAGAUUGAUUCAUGUCGAGUUUAAUAAAGAAUUUAUGCAGCUACAUUAAAUGUUUUGAAAGUAUUAUCUAAUUUAAAAAAUAAGACUGUUCUUUUGGAGCAAAGUACUGCUUUUUUAAUUAUAAAAAUCUGGUUUAGAUAUAUUUAUCACAUAGCUCCAAAUGUAAGCCAACUCUAAUAUAAAUUACAAACCUUAAACUUGUCAUUUUUAUAUAAUAAUUUCUGUAAAAACUAAAAAGUAUAGCUAACUCUGGAGAAUAUCAACCCCUGUGUGAAAUUCUGGGCACUAUUUUGUAAGUAAUUUCAAUACAGUUUUGGCAAGAACACAUUUAUUUUGUAAGAAAUAGUUUUAAAUAGUUGAUAAAUAAAUAGGUCAUUUAUUUACUUUCUCCUUGUUUCUAUUCAUUGACACUUCUUUGAAGUUUUCAAAAAUAGGAUAUUAUCUUCUGAUUUCUUGGUCAAGUAAGAUUUGGUGACCUCUCUGGCAUCACGUUUUUUUACUACUACUUCAGUAUAAAGGAACUUUUGUCAAAUCGUUAAGAUUAGCCGCAGGAGCCCUCUUUCUGUAGAGGGAAAGUGAGUGUGUAAAGCAUUUAAAAUAAGAUGCGACGCUAUGUACAAGCACAAACACGUAGUCAACCAUGUGCUAACCUGAGUUUAAUAAGGAUCAAUGAGCAAAAGCUAUUGUUUUUUUUCAUUUAAAUAGGAAAGGAUUUUUCCAUUUUUGAGUGAUGUGUUUAUAAUAAUCUAUAUUGGGGGAAAAUGUUGCUGAAAAAUUUAUGCAGGUCAUAAAAUGCAACAGGAAUAUUGUUUCAGUAGUUUUUCAAACAAAAGAGACUAAAAUUGCUGAUUAAUAAGGAAUAACCUCAAAUGUCACAUCAUGGUGUUUGCAUAUGACUCGUUAAUCUUUUCAAAUGUUAGGUGUUACGUGUAAAGAGAAAUGAGUCAUUUAUUGUUUUAACAAGGGAGCAGCUGUUAGUUUUUUUCUACUGUGUUAAAACCUUUAGUGGCAUCUAUAUAUGGAAACGAGUCAAUGAGCUCUUCUCUCAGCUGUUGGUUUAGCAGCUGACAGUACCAUUGACUUCACCGUGAUGUAAAAUAAGAGAAAAAACCUUUACUCUUGGAUGGAGACCUUGAAGUUUAAAAAUACAUAAUUCCCUGAUUGGGAGUGGAAUUCAUUUGACAAAUAUUUAUGGAGCACCCAAGAAGCCCUGUGGCUGUAGUGCUGAACAAAACAAAGGUCCCCCAAAUCCCUGUCUUUAUAGAGCUUAUAUUCUUUUGAGCAUGUUUAACCUUUGAAACUACAGUGUUUCUACAGCCCCACUGCGUUAUGACAGUAUAAUUUUGUGAUAAAAUAAUUCAUGAAGAUGUAUUGAUUUUUUUCAAAUAAUGCCUUCUGCAUCCCUUGGUUGAUAUGGUGUCCUAUUCCAGUCAACAAAUUACAGCUCUAGUUCUAUAUAUAUAUUUUUUAUUCAUGUGUAAGUCCUCCUGUUUUUCAAGUUAUAUCGGUGAGGUAGCACUUUGUUCUGAUUUUGCUAUGUUCUGUUGAUAGCAUUGUUCUCAUGGGGUUAUAUCUGUUCCGUUUUACUUUUUAUUUAAUUAAAGAUCAACACUUAAAACCA